AAGAGCCUUAUCUAGUAAAUGUGGAUGCAUUCAUUUAAGAUUAAAAAGUGAUUUUAAUGCAGAAGAUGAAAAAUGGGAAUAAUUGCCUAAUUGGCAAAAUAAAGUCUAGGAAUUUGCCUAACAAAAACUUUAGGAAAUUGAGCAAUCUAAAGAUUAAUUACGAGGAAGUGCUUUAUUUAAUAACAAACUUGCUUCAAAAAUUAUAUAUAAAGUUUAAAAAUCAAUGAAAAAUGAAACUGGUGCCUGGCCUUGCUUUUAUUGUUAGAAAAAAUUUAAAGCCUCUGAUUAUUUAGUAAAGCAUAUUGAUUUAAAACAUAAAGAUGAGGAAAAAUAUUAAUUUGAAUUAAAAAAAGUAUUAUUAUUAUUAUUUUUAUUUUUUUUAAUUAUCUUAUAAAAAAGAUGAGACUUUAUACUUCUUUAGAAUUAUAUUCAAAUGAUAAAAAUAAAAUAACGCAUUAACCUACUUUAUCAAAAGAUGGAUAAUAUUUUUAAAGUUUUAUGAAUAAAAGCAAAAAGUAUAAUGAUUACAAUAGAGAUAAAAAAACUUACUAUAAAAAAAACAAUUAGCAUUAAUUUAAAGAUCUAGACGAGCCUGAAGCUAAUACAGAAAAUUAGUAAAAUACAAAUGUAAAAAG